AUGAAGAAAAAUCCCGCUAAAAAACAAAAUCGGACAUAUGUGAAAAAGCCACCUCGCAGGAUUACUAUAUCCCGUUCCAAAUCCCUCAAAAGUGAUUUAGAACGUUAUGAGAAAGUGGGUGGGGUUUUUGAUAAACGUUUGGGUAAUCGUAAUGUCACUCUAACUGAGUCCGAAAAGUCUUUGCAAAGACACAUCGUCGAAAAAUUGAGACAACUUGAUAGUGUCUCGUUAGAAAGUAUUGAUGAUAAAGAUCCUUUAUUCAAAGCGGCAUUUGACUCAAGUUUUCCAGCGCGAAAAUUAUGCACGGCUGAUGAUGUGGAAGGCGGGAUUGAAGGUCAUAUUGUGGAAAACAUCUUCUUCACCAAUGGUUCUACCGGUAAUAAACUGGGACGUAGUUUCAAGGACUCUCUGGAGGAAAAAAUUGCAGCUACAAAAUUGGAAAAGCUAAGACGUGUCGAAGAAAAUGAAGAACAACGUGAGCGAUUAAAGGUCGUCAAUGACGAAUGGACAAAAAACAUUCGUUUCCUCUUAAACAGAAUCCACGGCAUGAAGAAACGUCCGACUACAGCAACUCAGCAGAACAAUAAUACGAAUGUUUCCCGUUUACUAGAAACAUUGAGUACCGAUAAAAAAGUGGUGCCCAUCGGCUCCUCAAAUACACACAACCCACAAGAACAGCUCUUUAGGCUUCAGGAUAUGGUGAGCGCCCGCAGGCCUUCGAUUGAAGCGAGCGACCACGUCAUUGAGUCAGAAACAUUGGUUUCCUAUCUUCGUAUUUUACUCAGACUACCGAAAGAAAAGUCCACUGCUAUUAUCUUCAUUUCUCACCAACUUUGGACAGCUAGAUUGCAUCGUUUAAAAGACGUUGUUCGCUAUCUUUUCUUAAUACAGUUGGCGUUUGAAUAUUGCUCUGAGAUAUUUGAACGUUUAGAGAAUGAUGGAAAAUUGUCUACAAAUAUUAUUGAAUGUGGUAUUUUUUGUCCGGAAAUUGUACAUGCACUAUCCCGAUUGUUUCGCCUUACUUCACUUGGUUCGAAUCUACAGAAACACAUUUUAGUUUUAAGAAAACCAUUGACUACUAUUGAAGUAUCCGAUUUGCCGAGUCUCGACAUUCGCCUUGUAAAUAGAUCUUCCCCCUUAUCUCUCAACGAAAUCCCUGUACUUCGUUUAACUUGCGUUUACAGGAUGAUUCGUCUAGCUAACCAAGUUUUCCUACUAUAUAACAAAUUCUUACCUAAAUGCGUUCUAGUGAACUUGUUUCGUCCUUUGAAAACGUCUCUGGUAGAAAGUAACUUCCUUUAUCACCCCACGUUUAUAGUAAAUGAUAUCAAAAGUCUCUUCGAAUCAAUCAAAUCAGCAGAAAAUGCUCCUACACCUGCUCGAUUAAUAUCAGAUCGUCGUCUUUUAGUUUUGAAUACCUUGAAACCAACAGAUUCCAAAGAAUUUAAAAAGUUAGGCAUUCUGCCUCAACUAGAGCCUGUUUUCGAUGAACGAUUGUGUGUAAAUCAGCGUGAUAAUACUAAACGGACUUUACAGCGAAAAAUUGCAAAGGAAAAACGUUGUGCAAUGCGGGCUAUUCGUCAAGAUUGUCAAUUUUUAGCUUCACAUCAGUUGAAUAUUAUUAAAAAGAGCGACUAUAUUCGGGAAAAGAAAACAAAAGCCAUCUUAAAUUCGAUGCGUUCAGUUGAAGAUUGA